AGUGAGUGUCAACACGCUCCUAACGCAAUUUACUGCUUAUUAUAGCCUAAAGACACUUACAAUCACACGCCAUGAACAGAUGAGCAGAUUACCUCGGUAACUCGAGCUAAGCGUAGGAAAGAAAAGGACUGAGGUUUAUGUGGACCAAAACAAGCACGGGCACGCCUCUUACUACCAAAUAAACACUUCUGCCUGUGCCAAGUCAGGUGUCCUGCCAGGAGCAAGCACGUUAGAGCCGAGAGCUGGAUACAUUACUACAGAUUACUACACAACUGUUUCAUAGGUUUCUGCUUUCUGCGGGGCAGUGUUUGUUAUGGCCCGGCCGCAAAUGGACAGCAGGGUGGAUGGUCAGGGCCCUGCGUCACCGCCGAGCUGCAGAAUGGAGGUGUUGCGUUGGGACGCCCGGCCCAACGGGGGCACACAGACGGGCUCGCAUUCUCGACGACCACGCCGGACCAUAGCCACUCAGACCAACACUGUAGCACCACCUGUUAUUUCCACACAGGAUUCUGUAAGCACACCCAGUUCCCCACAACAGGAUGGUCCACUCAGAGAAAGCACAGGACCCGAACAGGAGUGGUUGUGUCCCACCGAGAUGCAGCAGCCCCUGCCCGAUUCUCUACCUGGGAGCAAUAGUUCCUCGUCGAACUCAAGCCGUAGAGGCUCUGUCGCUGAGGAGGAGCCCAUGGAUGAGGAACAAAUCGUGGGGAGAGUGGCCAUCCAGUUGAGGACCAUAGGAGAUGAGAUGAACGCUGUUUUCCUUCAGAGAAGGAAUGAAGUUGCACAGUGGCAGAACUGGAGAGGCCUGUACCGCGGCCUUGUGACCUUCCUGGCUGACACCAUCAGUACCCUUUACCAGCACGGGCUCAGAUAAACAAGACGGGUAUUGAGCACUGUGGGGGGGCGCUGGCGCUUUCAAACGCAGCCACUAAUUAACUGCACUGGCUCGGGGACAUUUCUGCAGGACCAGAAUGCACUGUGUUUUGGUUAUUAUUUGUUUGUUUGUGAUUUUUUUUUUUCAUUGUAAAUGUUGUAUAUAUUUUUCUGUUUCUUUUGGGAGAAGUUUUAUGUAGCAAGUGACUGAAGUGUGUGUCCAGUGUGGGGGCAUGUUGCAGAGAAAUAGGUCUGCCUCUCUGGAUCUCUAAGCUGUGAAGCAGAAUCGUUUGGAAGUUUCAUGUUUGUAUUUUAUUUUUACAAUUUUGAUCAGACUAAAGACUUGGAGAGGCUGUGAUGGGUCAAUUCGUUUUAAAACUUGUGUUUGGCCAAUUCAGUAGAAUAAAUUAUGCACCGUUAUGAUCUAAAUUAGAUUCAGAUUGUUUUACUCUUGUGGUACAUCCAGUAAUAUUUAGUUUAGUGCAUUGUGUUUCAUUGAGACACCAGUUUGGCCUCAAAGCAAUGCCAAAAAUCAGUCUGUCCAGGUCUUUAGGCAGCACUAAUUAAAAGAUCAGGUUGUGCUGUAGCUCCUCAGGCACUGAAUUGUUGUAUCUGUUUUGGAACAUGCUCUUAGCUGCCUUGCAGAGCAGAACUGCCACACAAUCAGUCACCAACAGCGCUGGGUGAAGCCUGGUUUAUGCUCCUCCUGAAGCACUUCAUGAAAUUAACUUUGGAAAAGUCUAGAACAUUCAUAGUUGAUCUAAACAAAGUGGUCCAUGAAACAAAUAGAAAUAAGUGCACUGUAGUUGUAUUAAGUAAAAGCACAGUCUUAAUCAUGAGGUUUUAGCAGGCCAAUCACUGUGGUGGGCUAUCAAUCAGACAUCAGACAUUGUCAUGUCAAAAGUGACUGUUUUGGCAUGCAUUUAAAAGCUUCAGAAUUUUUUAGAUGGAAUCAUAAGCCAGGCUUAAACGUCCCACUAAAUAAGACUAUCAACAUGUGGACUAGUCAAGUGAAAGCCACACACUCACCAUCACAGCACAAGUGUGGCCGAUGUGCCUUACUUUACCCUUUAAAUCCUGCAUGUGCUUGAUCCACCAGGGGCAAUCAUCGGACAGGGUAUGAGGGUUAAGGGUCAGUGCCUUGGUGCUCCCACCUGUAUCUACACUUUGGAACACAUUACAAUCACUCAUUUCAAUGAUUGGUCACCUCCAGUGGAGGUACUGGAACUGAGGCCGGAAACCACGCGGACAAGCCAGACCACGCGUUUUCCAAACGGCUGGGUAGCAGUGUUAAUAUUUGGAAUGAUGUAUAUGUAUAUAUUUUGGGAGAAAAUGGCAACAGGCAAGAAAUGGAAGGAACUGGCCGUUCUCUUUGCGAUUUAUUGUGUAUAUUUUGAUGAAACUUUAAGUACUUUUUGGACUUUUUUCUGUUUUAAAGCUGUAAGUCAGGUUGAUGAAUUUGUUUAACCUUUUGGACCAAUGCUGGCAGAAAGUAAGCCUACUUAAAACCACUGACUGUUUAACUGUUCACCAACAAAUCUAAAUUUGAAUAUACUGAGUUAAAAACAAGUUUAGUUUGCGAACAUUCCCAUAACGAUUAUUUAUCCCUUGAAACAAGGGUGUUAGCUAUUUAUUUUGAAUAUCAUUUCCUUAAUGAUGAGUUAAAUGUUCUAUAAAAUACUUGGUUAUAAAGCUAAAUGGUUUUUGUUGCAUCGUUAGGAAGAUUUUUUUAUGUAAACAAGGCUUUUAAAGAUCCAGCAGACUGAUGAGUGUAGAGACAAAAGUUUAAUUGUCCAAGAACAUACUGUUAAUCUUUUACAAAGUAUCUCUGUAACUAAAGCUAAAACUGUUGCCCUCAAGAAAUAUACAAACUAAAGCUCACAGGAGGCUAAUUUGAUUUGCUGCAAUAAGAAACUAAUAAAAUAAACUGAGCCAGACUUUCUACUUGAAAAUGAGUAUUUUAUAAUUAUUUGGAUAUGCAGGCUCACGGCAUUCAGAUGGUGAACUCUGUGGGGCCUUUUAACCAAACAGAUGCUUGCAUGUUGCCAUUGCUCUCACCUGGACUUCACAGGCAUGUAUCACCAUAGGUUUUGUUAGAAGAGCUUCCUUUACAAACCACUUGUGCGAUGUCUGUGGGUAAACCAUGUGAAAACCUCAUUAGUUCUCAUUUUCGGUCCCCUCGUUAUGUGGGUAUUGUAGCGCCGAGCAUACUGAGUGCCACGGGUCUCUGUUUUGUGACUGCCUUGUCUUAUGACUUCCUGUGUAAAGCAGUUGUGUAGGCCUCCACUUUCUGUGCCCGGUGUGUGGCUUCUUGUGGAUAGGUGUGUUUUCUAACGCACUCCUUUCUUAAGGAAAAGGCCUUAAGUGUACUGUGAACAUCACACUACACUCAAGCUCAAGUCAAUCGCAUUUUCUAGCCUUGUACAUUUGCCGUUUGGACUUUUUUCUAUGAAUUUUCUAUAUGAAUUUUGGUAUGUUUAUUUCUUUGCCUUUUUAAAAUAAAUAAAUGAAAUACGACAUUA